UCAAAAUAUAAAAAAUGGGUAAUAUCCCCUAUCGUGUAUUAAUGCAUUUAAAAGUUCGAAAAGAUCAUGAUGCAAUUUCUCCAGUUGACUAUAAAGAUGUUGAAACAAUGAAAAGAAUUUGGCAAGUGAUAGAAACUGAUAGCUCGUACUAUGGAUUUGCUUUUUGUACCGUGAUUUUUAAAAACCACCCGCAGUAUGCAAAAUACUUUGAAGACGAAUCGAUUCCAGAAUUUAUUCAAGAAGCUAAAGUUAAAAAAAAGUUUUCUAUUAUUUGUGACAUGUUAUGUGCCCUGUUUGUGGAUUAUUAUGAUAACCCUUCGCAAAGGGAAUAUCUUCUUGGAUACAUUGCAAUGGUUCAUAAAAAUAUGGGAUUGACCUUGAAAGAUUUGGAAAAUUUUCUGGGAGAUUUAAUGGAAACAUUGGUUAUGGAAUUACCGAAUAUUAUGACGGAGGAAUGCGUUUCGGCGCAAACGAAAUAUUUUUGUAAUUUAACAAAUACACUGUUAAUACGUAUGGACGAACACGAAAAAAGAUUUACGAAAAUGUUAAAUUCCAGUAAUACGAUAAAAAAGUGUUGCACUUGGUGUACCGGCAAUGAGCCCCGAGUGAUAUAUGGUUUUCCUUUAAAAUAUUGGCUUUAUAAAAAACGAUACUGGGAGUAUCGGAAAGCAGUUUGGACAGCGGUAGAAGCGGAUAUGUUAAGAGAUUUUCAAAAGGGUUCUUCGGGUAACAGGUUUAAACGCUUAUUUUUCGAUCAUAAGACCACGGAAACUAGAAAAAUUCACCGUAAAAGACGAACGGUACUAGCAUCGAAUAGUUCGGAGAGCGAUAUUAUAAGUUAGUUAAGAAAUAUUAUAGAACUUAAUCGGCGAGAAGGAGGCGAAGGAGGGGGUGCAGCCCUCCUCCACCAGAUACAUACAUCUAUGGUGUUAUACAAUUAAUUAAUCGUUAAAAGGUUCAGUUGGAAGAAAAGACAGUUUCGGUCAAAUGUCAAGAAAAUCAAGCGAAGAUAGGACAAGGAGGAUAAGCAACAGUCCGUAUAAAGCAGAGAAAGAUCCUUUUAGAUCUUCAGAGCUGGAAUUUGAUCAAGACGUUACUUAUGUAUAACUGUGUAUCGCAGUUCUUUUUUUUAUUACAUUAAUACUUAUUUUAAUACUGAACUAAGUAAAUAGUUCUUUGCUCGCACGCAGAAUGAUAAUACUCAAAAUAUGCGCAUCGUUGCUGCAGUCGUCCCAUCUAAAGUAGAAAUUAAUCGCAAAGAUGAAGAUAUGGAAACUUCAAGUUCAUUAAUCGCAUCAGGAAGUGAUCUAAAAUCGCAAAAAAGUAUUCCGGUUUUAAUGCAACUUUAAUAUGUUUGUAUCGUUUGUCGAUACAAUAAUUAAAUAAAAUUUUAUUUUCUCGGUAUAGGUAUGGAUA